UCCCCUCCCCCUCUCUCUCUCUCUCUCUCUCUCUCUCUUUGAAGAAGUAAAAGCCAUGGAAGCUUGACCUUCAACCCUCUCUCCAUAGGAGCAGAAUCAGACUUAGACGCUCCCCCCUCGGUGUCUGAUUCUGCCUCCUCCUCCUCCUCCAUGGCUCCUCUCUCCACCGCCGCCGUCGCCGACGACGACCCGGCCAAGGAGGCGGUCGUUGAGCAGGACCCGUAUUUGCCAAGACGGCGUCGUGGUCUCUUUCUCAGCGGUCGUUCCUGCUCCCCCUCCUGGCCCACCUCCUCCUCCGCCAUUUUCUUGUUCCUCCUCUCUCUUCAGCCCACCACCACCUUCGGCACCGACACCCCCGAAGCGCCGUCAAGAAACGAAGCCCACUUCGACCCGCGAGUCGCUGCCCCUCUCAUCGCCGUCUUCUCUCUCCUCGGCCUGGGCCUCGCGAUGGGCGUCCUCAAGCUCCUCCAUCUCUGGCUCCGCCGCAGAUCCAACGGAGCCGUCGUCGUCGGCGCCGAAGAUCAAGAACGCGGCGACGUUGGGAACGGUGUCGUUGGGAAGAGCGGGGCUGGCAAAGGCGACGGCGGAGAUGGGUGCUGCGCGAGGAGGUACAGGUGGGAGGAGCUGCAGGGGAUGACGACGGAGUUCUCGCGGGCGAUCGGAUCCGGCGGGUUCAGCACCGUCUACUUGGCCACCUUGGACGGCUCCUCCGAGUCUGGCCUCGCGGCGGUCAAGGUCCAGUGCGGCGGUGGCGAGCGGCUGAGCUUGGCGUUCAAGCAGGAGCUGGAGAUUCUGCUCCGCGUCCGCCAUGAGAACAUCGUGAGGCUUCUCGGAUACUGCGACGACAGAGAUGAAGGAGCACUGGUGUUUGAAUACAUCCCCAAUGGAAAUCUCCAAGAGAAGCUUCACGGCAACCAUCUACAGAGAGGCACCGUCCUCCCUUGGAGCCACCGGGUGUUGAUGGCCUUCCAACUCGCACAGGCGAUUGAGCACCUGCACGAGAAAUGCGCGCUCCAAAUCGUUCACGGCGAUGUCAAGUCGUCCAAUGUGUUGCUCGACGAGGACCUCAAUUGCAAGCUCUGUGACUUCGGGUCCGCGAAGAUGGGGUUCUCGUCUUUAAUCCUGCCGCCUUCCUCCUCGUCCUCCCCACGGGCGAAGCAGAUCAUGAUGGGAUCCCCCGGGUACACGGACCCUCACUACCUCAGGACAGGGAUCGCGUCGAAGAAGAACGACAUCUAUAGCUACGGGGUCGUAGUCCUCGAGCUGGUCACAGGGAUCGAGGCCUUCUGUGAGGAGAGAGGGCUUUUGCUGACGUCAAUGGCCACGACUUUGCUUCAGGAAGAAGGCGAGCUCGACGUGGCGAGAGCGGCAGAGAUGGUGGAUCCGCGGUUGAGCGGGGAAUUCGAGAUAGAGGAGGUCAAGGCCAUGGUCGGGGUAGCGAGAUCGUGUAUGCAGCAGUCGCACACGCUGCGGCCCUCGGCGACGCGCGUCUUGGAGUUUUUCAGGGAGAGGAUCCCGUCGGUGGCGUUGAAGCCGGGCCCAGAGAAGAAGAGUUUGAGAACUUGAUGGUUUAGGACAAAAAGAGUAGGUAGGUGCUUGAUAAGACGUAUCUAGAUGGUUGUUUCUGGUGUAGAGAUUGUAUAAUUUUGUAAUUUUGUUAGUACAAUCAAGUAAUUCCAUUUUUUCUUUUUUUGCUUUUGGACGUUUGUAGUUGAUAGCCAAAGUAGCCGUGUUGGUUGAAACUCGAAAGCCACCAUUUUUUGUACAUGUUGUGGGUCGCUUGUACAUGCCUUCCAUUGGAACCUGAAAAGGCUUCAAGAAGUUGCUACUGAUGUCUUGUGGCUUUCAGCUCAA